UGGGGGAGCAUCAUUCCAACUGGGAAAAACCGACGGACUUCUAAAGAGGUCGCGCACGAGCGCUGAAGAACUGUCGGACUCCUAAAGAAGGUCGCACACGAGCUAAGAACUGGCGGACUCCUAAAGAAGGCAGGCGACCUGGUGUCUCAGGUGUGGAACACGACGCCGCGCGUUGUGCUCCACGAAUCACGAGUCUGGCGUUGUCCUCUCUGGAAGGACCAUGAAGGCAUGCUGGCAAACGCAACUUCAAGUUGCGUUGAACCUCACCCUGUUAUCAAGGCCACGUUCGGAGCGUACACGUACAGUUGCUAGGUGCCAAGAGGAGCGAGGCUGUCCAAUGUCCAUCCACGUCACGGGGGAUCGUUUCUCCAGAAAACUCGGAUCUUCAUUGUCCUUCCGCUCCCUCCCCACCCCACUCACCCCCGAGGAGGCCUUCCUGCGCCCAGCUUCCUGCGCCCAGCUUCCUUCGCCCAGCUUCCUUCUCCUGCCUACCUUUUCCAGCCUCCUUUGCCCUACCCAGAUCUGCCUAGUAGUACCUUCCUGCGCCCAACUUCCUGCGCCCAGCUUCCUGCGCCCAGCUUCCUGCGCCCAGCUUCCUGCGCCCAGCUUCCUGCGCCUGCGCCCAACUUUCUUCGCCCAGCCUUUGCCUGGCUCUCCACAACUCCGCGGAGAUUAUGUGGCAGUGCUCUACUUAGUACGCAUGAAGACACACAAACCCGACUUUUGAACGCCAUCACUACUAGCCAGCACUCAGCCCCGGUCUGUUUGUCGUCACCAAUCACAAAUACAUUGGUACUAGCUAGGAGCACUGGGUGUCAACCGCCUCCUCUGUCGGAGCUAAUGGCGCGUGAGCGCCGGGUGCAGCGCGCGCUGGCACUCCUCGUGGCUGUCCUUGUGACGCCCGCCAUAACGGUCAAUGCUGUUCCGUUCAAUGCCACACAAGCGACGUUUCUCAGCGACUGGCAGAAGGCAUGGCGAACGACACUGCCAGGGUGGACUCCGGGGGGCGAAUGUAGCUCUGCUGUUGGUGUCUCCUGUGAUGCUUCAGGCAUGAUCACAAAAAUCGCAUUGUCUAUGGGGGAUGUGCGUGGCUCUAUUCCUCACAGCAUCUCCUCUCUCACUGCACUGAUGUCGCUGGUGCUCAUCUACAACUCCCUGACUGGCCCCAUUCACGACAGCAUCUUCCUGCUCACUCAGCUCACUUAUCUAGAUCUUUACAAAAACCAACUCAGUGGCCCAAUUCCUGCUGGGAUCAGCAACCUUGCGAAGCUAAAAUCCCUAUACCUGAAUAGGAAUGACAUCAAUGGCUCCGUCCCCACUGCAAUCGCCAGUCUUACAAACCUACAAGACCUAAGUCUUGCAGGCAAUCAGCUCAGCGGCUCAAUCCCUGCGGCGAUUGGCAAUUUGAAAAACCUAGAGAGGCUAUAUCUUGGAGGCAAUCACCUCACUGGCUCAAUCCCUGCUGCAAUCAGCAAUUUGACAAGACUAAUGGCGCUAGACCUUGCUGGGAAUCAACUCAUUGGCACAAUCUCCGCUGAAAUCGCCAGCCUUCCAAACCUGCACCAGCUAUCUCUUCAAGACAAUCAGCUCACCGGCUCAAUUCCUGCUGAAAUCUGCAAUCUUCAAUACAUGAAACUUCUAUCCCUUGGAGGAAAUCAGAUCACUGGCUCAAUCCCUGCUGCACUUCAAAAUAUCUCAUAUCUGGCACACCUAGAUCUUGGUUACAAUCAGCUCUCUGGCUCAAUCCCCACUGCAAUCGGCAAUCUUCAAUACCUGACAUACUUGUUCCUUGAAAGUUGCCAGCUCUCUGGAACCAUCCCAGACCCACUCAGCUCUCUCACCUCCCUUCAAUUUAUGGAUCUAGCCCGCAACAACUUGAUGGGGCCCAUCCCUACAUUCGUUAGCAAAUUGACCCGUCUUAUGUUGCUAUACCUAUACCAGAACGAGCUGGAAGGCGCCAUACCUGAAUCAAUCUACUCGAUCAGUUCCCUACAGUUUUUGGACCUCAGCAUGAACAAGCUCACAGGGCCGAUCUCGCCGUCAAUCGGCCAACUUCCCAAGCUUCGAGCGUUAAUUCUGCAUAGCAAUCAUCUUUCUGGAGCAAUUCCUGAUGCGAUUGGCAAACUGACUUCACUAGAAUACCUGUCACUCGCCUACAACCAGCUAUAUGGAAGCCUACCUGCUAUUCUCGCAAGCAUGACACAACUGACAAUGUGGUGUGAUUUCUCCCACAACUACCUCACAGGCUCGAUGGUGCAGCUUCCAUCUUUCUUUGCAGACUAUUCGAGCAACUACUUGACAGGUUUCUUGGGAAGAUUCGACUGCCCUGACCGCAGAAACUCUGUUAAUUGCUUCAAAGUGCACAAGGACUGCCGCUUCCUGGGAACACAGCGGCCUGCAGCAGAGUGCCAGGCGUUCUGCGGCAUCUUUGGCACUUCUGCUGCUUGUGGUGGGCAUGGCACGUGCUACCCAGAUGGGCCCAGUCUGGUGCCAACGUGCUUGUGUCAACCGGGAUUCGUGCAGCAUGGGAAGAUUGCCUGUGCUGCUGAAGGAUGGAAUCGAAGCUUCUCGAUCAACAAGCCCAUUCUCUCCCCAUACACUUUGCUCACCAAGGGGUCACAGCGGGAGACAGUGGGGAGGUUCAUGGCAAAGCCGGUGACUUUGUUUGCAUACCCGGGUGGUCCGAGUUUGGGGUGUGGUGUGGAGUUGGCUUUCAGUGUCAACUUCACAUUUGCCCUCGUUCCUGAGUCUGGUACCGUUGGGUCCAAUGGCUUUGCAUUCGUGAUUGCAGCAAAGGCCAUGGUGGGGAAGCCUGAUGGUGUAGGGUAUGGUGGAGUCGGAACACAGAGUGUAGCAGUUGAAUUCGACACACUUCAAAACGCCAAGCACAGUGAUACGAGUGGGCAGCAUGUGGGGCUCAACAUUAAGGGCAUGGAGGAAUCAUUGGUUUCAGUGGAGUCACCAUUCAGUCUGACAGACAUCAACGAGUACACGGCAUGGGUGGACUAUGAGCCUGGGAAUCAUGGCACCAUCAAGGUGUUCCUAGCCGAUUCCAAGGCGAAGCCACAGGUGCCGCUGCUGCAGAGAGAGUUGUCGCUGUGUUCGGUGCUGGAGGCUAGUGCGCAGCAGCAGGCGUUCUUCUUUGGCUUCGUGGCAUCCACCAUUGUGAAGCCCUUCCAGAUGCAUGUUAUUGUCCGCUCUGGCGUGCAAACAGCCGUUCCUCCAACCACGACUGUCCAGAUCAAAGGCAAAGCCCUUGGCCUCUCAUUAUCAGAAGCCACUUUUUCAGCACCUCGAGCCAGCCCCUUCUCGCGCUAUAUGAGUGCGGGCUUCAGUGUGGCGGCGAACACGCAGGACUCGUGGGUCAUCCGUGAUUUCCACUCCUGGGGCUCCGUGCCGUUCCUUGGCUGGCCCGUCAAGAACCAGAUCGAUUGCAAUGCCUCUUGGGCGUACGCAGUGGUGGCGAGUGUGGAGGCAGCAUACGGUAUUGCAAGACAGCAGAGCGCCCCCCAGCUGUCAGUGGAGGCCCUCUUUGCAGCCAUGGGGCUGACCGACACAAACAAGUGCACGGCUGGAUGCUCCCCCACCGAGGCCUUUGAGAAGCUGGUCACUCUUGAUGGCAGCAGUGGACUCACAGGGGUCAGCGACCCGGAAACAAAGUAUCCAGUGCAGGCAUAUGAGCGCUCGCAAUUCAAGGGGUAUGUGGGGCUCAUGCAGGCGGUGCAGCGCCAACCAGUGGUUGUUCACAUCGAGGCUUCUGCUGAUACGUUCGUCAGCUAUGAUGGGACUUUCAAAUACCAAGAUCCUGGCUGCUACACUGGCAAUCUGAACCAUGUUGUACUCAUCAUUGGGUUCUUCAUCGAUAGGAACGACGGCAGGCAGAAUCGCAUUCUUUUCCCGUUUUGGAUCAUCCGCAACUCGUGGGGCGUGGAUUGGGGCGACAGGGGCCACAUGCGCAUGGACAUUCAGGCAGGGGAUGGCGUGUGUGGCAUCAACGUGCUGCCUGGCAUCUACCCCAUUGUCAAGAUUCCAGGGGAUCCCUGCGGCACUACCAGCUACCAGCGCAGCAUGACCCCGUGCGGCCGCUUCCUCUGUCAAAAGACUACUGACAACAAGAACAACUGCAGUUGCAGUAUUUCUGGAGUGGCUACACAGCCUUUUGUUGAGGUCGACAAUGGAUAUGGCUCCAGCACAUGUGCUUACGUGGACGUGUGUGGGUCGUCCUUCAGCAACCCCUGCUACGUGGGCACUUGCAUCAACGACGGGAAGGGUGCAUACUCCUGCAUCUGCCCUCCCAACUACAUCGAGAGCAAGACGGUCUACGACUUCCCUGCCUGUGAUCCAGCCAACACGACAGCCACCACCAUUACAGUCAGCGGAGACAACUGGUGGUGUUUGGAUGUUUGUCAACUUGUUGGUCUCUCUUUGAAUCAGUUGACAAUUCAAAACGAGGCCGUUGAUUGCCGCCAGCCAUUGCCUAAGGCUACUGUCCUUCAAUUGGAUGGCAUUCUGGCCACACCCUGCACUGCCUUUUUCUACACCCUCAAUGGCGACACCUGUUCAUCAAUCACCAAGCAGCUCAACCUAACCUCAGCGGACUUUGCCGCUCUCAACCCCGGCUUUGACUGCUCGAAGCCCAUCAAGGCGGGCCGCUCGGUGUGCAUCGAGCGCAAUGCUGCCCUCGCCUUCACUGUCCCGGAGUGUGUGAGAUACGGCGUGCUGACACCUCAGGACACGUGCAAGCAGCUGUUUAGAAGAACCGCUGUUUUUAAAGAAAAUCCCUUGCCUGAGCUGUUCGGAAACCCGUGGGUGGAGUUCUUCCGCAACAAUCCUGGCCUCACUUGCUCCAGCACCAUUCCCUCCAGUGUUUCAGUUGUCGGCAGCAAGAUUGGCGUGCAGGUUUGUCUCAGAGCUGAAUAUUGGUCGUUCAAAUUUGGCAUGUGCAACAAGGGCAGGCUCAAGAAAGUAUCACCAGCGAUGACGUGUUCAGCUGCCUACCGUUUCUAUGGCGGAAAUACGGCUACAGCAAGUUUAGAAUUCAACAAAUAUAAUGGCAAUUUUUGUGUUGGGACCAUAAAAUCCAAGUCAAUUUGUGUGCCCUAGAUAGGCUGAAAUGAAUUUGGGGUUAAAAGGGGGUUUGGCUUUGAGUUAUUUUAUGUGGUAACCACUCUAGUGAAGCAUGCCAUUAAACUGUUUGACUGAAAGGAUUGAAUUGACUGUUUAGACAUUAUUUGGGUGAAA